AUGCCUAUCUUCCACCAAGGACAGCGAGUGAGCUAUAAGCCCGUGGGCGGGCCCGACUCCAAUACCAGUGCGAGUGUUGGCAUCAUCCGUGAGAUUGCUACCAAGCCGACUAAUCUGACUGGCCGAAGUGUCGUGGCCUCGGACGAAGAGCCACGUUACCAGAUUGAGAAUGAGAAAACUCACAAGAGCUCUGCUGUUAAAGAGGCUAAUAUCAUUGGUCCCGCAGAGUAA